GUCAUUUGGAUGCACUAAGUCUGCCCUCUCUGCCUGUGCCUCACCAUCAUGGACACCUGUAACAUUGUAGAAAACAUCUACCUAUUGGCUAUCAUCACAGCAUUGAGCGUACUGCAAAAUGUCUUCUUUGCCCUUAAAGUGGACAAGGAAUGUACAUCUCACAAUGCUCAUGCAACUGCAGUUCAAAGAGUGUGCUGUGCAAAUCGAAACUGCGUGGACUCCUACCCGACAUUUAUGGCAGUGAUGUGGUGCGCUGGAGUCUGCCUCAACCAAGCUCCAGCUGCCUUUGCGGGUCUCCUAUACCUUGUUGUGCGACAUAAGUACUUUAUUGGCUACAUGGGACAAACCUCCCAAAGCACCCCUGGCUACCUGUUUGGGAAGCGCAUCCUCUUCUUCCUGGUGUUGAUGUGCCUGAUUGGGAUCCUGAACUAUCUGCUCACGCGCUACUUUGGGAGCGACUACAGAGAGACAGUGGAGACCUUCACCAGUGCCGCCUCCACUCUGCUCCUCAUCCCAUAGGAGGAAGCACCUGUCUAAUGAGACACAUUACUAUCACAUGACAUGUGGAAACUCAUGAAAUGAGCCAUGUGGAAUAAGAUUGAUUUUAUUCUGAGAAAAAUACAUUUUAAAAUCACUUUUCACAAAUCACAAUCACAGUUUGAUUAUUAUAAAAUAUUGCACCUAUAACAAAAACUAAAAACAUUUAGUUUGAACAUCUUACUCCUCCUAGUUACAUAUAUCAGAUCAGUCUAGUGUGCCUAUCCAUGAAUAAAAUUAGUUACCUUUAAAGGUAUGAGUGCUUAUCUAAAACUGCAAAUCAUCAGGUAAUACACUCACAAAACUAUACACAGUAUUUAAGAUCAUAUUAAAUACCUCGAACUGUCCCUUAAAAUUGUAGUCCUCCUCAAUCAAAAAUGUAGUCUAAAAUGUUGUUUAAGUUUUGCAGCAAACAGAGCUCCAAAUGUUGCAUUCAUCUUUCAAGUUAUCUUCAGCUAAAAUGAGAACAUAGAAAAUUACAUUUGUUAAGUUUGAACCAGUG